UUUUCAGAUCGAUUUCAAAUCGGGUCGGAACGGGUAUGGUUUUCACAUCUCUAAUCCGGUAGUCGUACUCAGUAAAAUAGCAUCAGAAAAAAAAAAACCGCUGUAUUGUGCAUCACUGUAUCUCAAACUAAACAAAUAAAAAAACAGCACCUAAUCUUCUUCAUUAAUUUCUCUCCCUUUAAUCUCAUCUUCUUCCAUAGUUCUAAACAAAAUUCUUCAGAAACCAGAGAAAGAGGAGAGAGAAUGAAAGCAGCUCAAUCAUGGUUUACAGGCACCGAGGAAUUGCCGCAGACAACUUCCGCCAAGCCAUCGACGUCGUCGUCUUCGUCGUUGUUAGCUGAUUGGAAUUCAUACGCUGCUACUCAAGAUCAAAAUUCUUCCGCCGAUUUCUCCUCCACUUUAGGUUUUGAUAUUGAAUCCGCUGUCAGAUCCGCUAACGACACCGUUUCCGGCACUUUCAAUGUGGUUUCUAAAGGGGUAAGAGACUUGCCGGGGAGCCUGCAGACUGCCACUAGUAAUGUACCCUCGGGAAAAUCUCUUAUGUACUUUGGUUUACUUCUAGCCACUGGAGUGUUUUUUGUCUUCAUUGCUUUCACUAUGUUCCUUCCGGUCAUGGUAUUGAUGCCUCAAAAGUUUGCUAUCUGCUUCACUCUUGGAUGUGGGUUCAUCGUUGGGUCGUUUUUUGCACUGAGGGGGCCAUCUAAUCAGCUAGCUCAUAUGUCUACGAAAGAGAGACUUCCAUUUUCAUUGGGAAUUCUUGGCUGUAUGUUUGGUACAAUCUAUGUGUCCAUGGUGCUCCAUAGCUACAUUCUAUCUGUUCUUUUCUCCGUGUUACAGGUAUUUGCACUGACAUACUAUGCUAUUUCUUACUUUCCUGGCGGUUCUUCUGGGUUGAAAUUCCUCACUUCUGCACUUACAUCAUCAGUUACGAGAUUAUUUGGGAGGUGACAUUCUUCAUAUCAAGCUGAUUGCUAAGUGCUUAUGCCAUUGUAGAAUUUAUUUUCUCUCUUCCACAUCAAACUCCCUAAUUCUGCUUGAUAAUUGAAGAAUGGUAUAUUCUAAAAUGUUAUUGUGUAGCUUUAGCGCGGUGUUCCCUCAUUUGUGAAUGUUUAAAAAUCUAUGAGUAUAGCAAAUCGUACAGGAAAUUUUGUUUCAGAAUGCAAAUUAUGCUGCAUUUUAAAGAUGUACCAUCUCUUCAAGUUUGCAGUUUGCUCCAUGCUUUUGACUUCUGAAACAGAGAAAAUGUGUAUAUAGUAUAUACAGAGAAAAUACUUAUUCUUAAAGGAGAGAGCGAAGCUGAUGUAGCAGCAGCCUGCAAGCUUGCGAAAAUUUGAACUAGAACAUUGAGCAAAUGGUUCAUUGUCUGGAUGCUUUUAUGAUUAGAAAGCCGUUGUCCUUUCCUGAACAAUUAUCAAUCAAUAAUGAAAAGAAAAUGACUUGCUAGUUGUUACUUGA